ACAGCUCCCUCUGCUCAGUUCUGGGGCUAACCGGAGAGCAAGAGUCAGAGACAGAAACUUGGCAGAGAGAAGAGCCCCCAAAAGAGGGCAGAGGAGACAUUGAAAAAUCCACCCUGAAGAGAGAGAACCCCAGUUAGAGACUAAGAGGGAGUGCUUCCUUCUCCCUUUUUGUUCCCCCCUACCCAGUUUCCUGGCUUGCAGUUUCUAUUUGUUCUCUUGGGGUUCCACCCUUUGGGGCAUGCAGAGGCUCAGUUUCUAGUCUCUCUGCUCCCAGGACCCCUUAGACUUCUGUCUUCCCAUCAUGUCAGUUGCUGUAGAGACAUUUGGAUUCUUCUUGAGUGCGCUGGGGCUACUAAUGCUUGGAGUGACACUUCCCAACAGCUAUUGGCGUGUGUCUUCUGUCCAUGGCAAUGUCAUUACCACAUCGACCAUCUUUGAGAACCUCUGGUACAGCUGCGCCACAGACUCCACUGGUGUCUACAACUGCUGGGAGUUUCCUUCCAUGCUUGCCCUGUCUGGAACCAUCCAGGCUUGUCGGGCACUCAUGAUCACAGCUAUCCUUUUUGGCUUCCUGGGCCUUUUUCUAGGCAUUAUUGGCCUUCGAUGUACACAAGUUGGGACUAUGACAGCUGAGAGCAAAGCCAAGAUAGCUGCUACUGCAGGGGCUCUGGACAUACUAUCUGGUAUUUGUGGGAUGGUGACUAUCUCCUGGUAUGCCGCUAAUAUCACCCGUCAGUUCUUUGACCCCAUGUAUCCUGGGACCAAGUAUGAGCUAGGCCCUGCCCUGUAUCUAGGCUGGAGUGCCUCCCUGAUAUGCAUUCUUGGGGGUAUCUGCCUCUGUAGCCACUGCUGCUGCCCACCAGAGAGUCCCUCGAAUAGUGCUCCACUACCCUACAAGGCUCCCUUGGCUGUACUGCCCCCAAGGACUUCGGAGGAUAGUGAAGUCAGCUUUGGCAAAUACGGGAAAAAUGCCUAUGUAUAGAGAGACUUAGGUGGUAGCUUCUGCUCUCUUCUAUUGCACCAGUUUGGAGAAAACAGGAGGAGAGGGCAUGAGCUACCUAAAAUCAGACCCACUCCUAGAACUUUGGCUCUGCCUUGGUUCCGAGCAAGUUCCAAGCACUCCAAACCCCUACAAUUACUCUAGCUCUGCCACCAGGCUUCACCCUGAAUUUCAUGUCCCACACCUUCCUCUCUGGCCCUGAACUAUUGGGCAGCUUUCUCCCCAUUGCCUCUUUCCUUGGUCAGUCUCUGGGAGAACCUAUGGGAUUGAGUUGGGGGGGACCACUGAGUAUGUGUAUUUUGUAUAAAUAAAAGUUUAUAUUGCAACCACA